AUGGCUGCUAUUCCUGUCCUGCGGGCGACUCGCCUGGUUGUGGCAAAGCUGCGACAGCCUCAUCGAUACACGUACACGGCCGCGGCCCGACGAAACGGCAGCAUCAUGAAUUUUUGGUCCGUACAGAACGGUGCCCAUCCGCCCCGUCAGAGCGUCCCUCAACGGUUGCCAGUCGGUCAGGCUCGCGACGGCCACGGGCUCGUGUUUCAAGUCGAAACCUGA